UCCACCAUGUCUCCGCUGAAGACCUCAGUCCUUCUCUUGGCUCUGUUCCUCCCGUCGCUGCUUUCCACAGUGGACAAUGCCUUGGGUUCACCCAGGACUGGGUCAUCUUCUCCAGACGGUGGCAACCGUAGCUCCAAGUGCCAGGAAAACACCGAAUGCCAGGAAGGUGUGAUCUUACCUGUGUGGCUCCCCCAGAAUCCUUCCGUCGGAGAUAAGGUAGCCCGGGCCAUCGUUUACUUUGUGGCCCUCAUCUACAUGUUCCUGGGCAUGUCCAUCAUUGCCGACCGCUUCAUGGCCUCCAUCGAAGUGAUCACCUCGCAGGAGAAGGAGAUCACCAUUAAGAAACCCAACGGGGAGACCACGACGACCACAAUCCGCAUCUGGAACGAGACGGUCUCAAACCUAACCUUGAUGGCCCUGGGAUCUUCUGCGCCCGAGAUACUCCUCUCCAUCAUUGAGAUUGUGGGUCAUGGCUUUCACGCAGGAGACAUGGGUCCCAGCACCAUUGUGGGCAGCGCCGCUUUUAACAUGUUCAUCAUCAUUGCCAUCUGCAUCCACGUGGUCCCUCAGGGCGAGGUACGGCGCAUCAAACACCUGCGGGUUUUCUUCGUCACGGCGGCGUGGAGCAUUUUCGCGUACAUCUGGUUGUACCUCAUCUUGGCCUGGUUCUCUCCCGGCGAGGUCGAACUAUGGGAAGGUCUUCUCACCUUCAUGUUUUUCCCAGUCUGUGUCCUCCAAGCUUGGGUGGCUGACCGGCGACUCCUCUUCUACAAAUACGUGCAGAAAAAGUACCGGACGGAUAAAUCACGGAGUCUCAUUAUCGAGAGCGAGGGAGACACCGGCUACCCGAAAAUGGACAUUGAGAUGGAUAACUCACUCAAGGAAGGAUCGGAAGGUCUGGGGGAUACGGGUAAGGAUCAAGACGAGGAGGCCCGCAGAGACAUGGCUCGGACCUUGCGGGAUUUGAAACAGAAGUACCCUGAAAAGGACAUGGAACAACUGAUAGAAAUGGCCAACUAUCAAGUACUGGUCCAGCAGCAGAAGAGCCGCGCAUUCUACCGCAUCCAAGCAACCCGUAUGAUGAUCGGAGCUGGGAACAUCCUCAAGAAACACGCGGCCGAUCAGGCCCGCAAAGCAAUCAGCAUGCAAGAAGUCCAGAUGGAGGAAGAUGAAUCGGUGACGAGAAUCGGUUUCGAGCCAGCUCACUAUCAGUGCUUUGAGAACUGUGGCUCUGUGGUCCUGACUGUGGCCCGUCGAGGAGGGGACCUGGACUGCGUCACUGUGCGAGUGGACUUCCGUACAGAGGACGGAACGGCGAACGCUGGCUCAGACUAUGAAUUUGCAGAGGGUACCUUGCUCUUCAAGCCGGGAGAGACGUGCAAGGAACUGCGGGUAGGGAUCAUUGACGAUGAUAUUUUUGAAGAGGACGAAUAUUUUUACGUCCACCUCAGUAACGUCAGGGCAGCCUGGGCCGAGCUAGGGCCGGAGCCUCCUCCAAAAGCUUGUCUCUUACCUUCCAAGAUGGCCACCGUGACGAUCUUCGAUGAUGACCAUGCUGGUAUCUUUACCUUUGAGGGACCCUCUAAGCGAGUGAACGAAAGCGUAGGUGUGGUACACAUCAAAGUGUUGAGGACUUCGGGGGCCCGCGGGCGAGUGGCCAUCCCCUAUCACACCAUCGAGGGCACGGCGAAAGCCGGCGAGGAUUACGAGGAAGUGGCCGGCAAGGUGGAAUUUCAGAACGACGAGACAGUAAGAUACAUCGAGAUAAAAAUCAUCGACGAUGAGGAGUAUGAAAAAAAUAAGAAUUUUUACCUGGAAUUGGGACCCCCGGUUAUUUUGGACAUCGGACUCCGGCACGGUGACACCAACGAGAAUCAGCUGCCUGCAGGAGAGCGGGAAAAAAUUGCCAAAAUGGGAUACCCCAGUUUGGGAGAAAACGCCAAACUCGAAGUUAUCAUUGAGGAAUCUUACGAGUUCAAG